AGUUUCUCGAACGUCACGUGUUUGCAUCACUUCCAAUCAGUUCACACAUGAACUUAUUUUAAUGUACGUCGAUCUAAUUGUUAGUUCCUUAAGUAUUUUGGAACCGCGAAAUGUUGUAUAUUGUUUUAUGCACAACUCAAUCCAUAUUAUAUUAAAAAUAUGAUAAUAAAGAAACAGUGAUUGUUCGAAGAUUCGGAGUAAAGAAGAUAUUCAAAGUUGCAACUCGUUUAUAUUGUGACAAAGGACAGUUCAAUGACUAAAGACAAGAAGUUGGUCCUGCAUGCUGUGCACUGCAUCAACGUUCUGCCUAACGUAUUGCACCAUAUUUUUCUUACUUUGCUAAAAUCCACUGUGUAAACCAUAAACGUAUAAACAACCAUGGCUGCCUACAUCAAUCGUACAAUGUCCAUGAUUGGAGCAGACAGUCACUUGCGGUCAACAGAUUUACGAACUGACAAUUCUCCUCUUCAGAUUUUCGUUAAGGCCAAGAAAAAGAUCAAUGACAUAUUUGUGGAAAUUGAAGAUUAUGUGCAGGAUACUGUUGGAUUUAUGAAAUUACUGCAAAGCGAAGGUAACAUUGUCACACCUGAAGAAGCACAAACAAUUGCAAGCUAUGUCGAUAAAGUUCAUGGAAUUAGGGAUGUUCUUAAGCGGGAUCACAUGAAAGUUGCCUUUUUCGGAAGGACCAGUAAUGGGAAGAGUACAGUUAUUAACGCAAUGCUGCGUGAUAAAAUUUUACCAAGUGGAAUAGGACACACAACAAACUGCUUUUUGCAAGUUGAAGGUUCAGACAAUGGAGAAGCAUAUCUCAUUACUGAGGGAUCUACUGAAAAGCAACCAGUUCAGUCAGUAGGUCAAUUGGGUCAUGCUCUUUGCAAAGAGAAGCUGUGUGAAAGCCACUUGGUCAGGAUAUUUUGGCCAAAGGAAAAAUGUUUAUUAUUACGAGAUGAUGUAGUAUUUGUUGACAGUCCUGGAGUGGAUGUAACACCAAAUUUAGAUGAAUGGAUUGAUAAACAUUGUUUGGAUGCAGAUGUUUUUGUUUUGGUAGCUAAUGCUGAGUCUACUUUAAUGGUUACUGAAAAAAACUUCUUCCACAAAGUGUCAACAAAAUUAUCAAAGCCCAAUAUCUUCAUUUUAAAUAAUCGAUGGGAUGCAUCUGCUUCUGAACCAGAAUUCUUUGAGCAGGUAAGGGCACAACAUCAAGAAAGAGCUGUUGACUUUCUGUCCAGAGAAUUGAAAGUUUACACCCCUAAGGAUGCUGAAGAACGCGUUUUCUUCAUUUCAGCGAAAGAAACUCUUCAAGCUCGUAUGCAGGAACAACGUGGCCAACCAGCUCACAAUGGUGCAUUAGCCGAAGGAUUUCAAAAUCGAUAUUUCGAGUUUCAAGAUUUCGAACGAAAAUUCGAGGAAUGUAUUUCAAAGUCUGCGGUGAAAACAAAAUUCGAACAGCAUUCUCAACGGGGAAAACAUAUUGCGACCGAAAUUCGACAAACAUUGGAUGAAAUAUUAGAGAGAACACAGAAAACUAAGGGUGAACAAUUGCAAAUUAAGAGGGAAGUUCUUGACAAAUUAAAUUACACGGAACAACAAUUGUUGUUGUUGACUCAAGAAAUGAAGAGUAAAAUCCAUCACAUGGUGGAAGAUGUUGAACAAAGAGUGUCUAAAGCUCUGAGCGAAGAGAUUCAUAGAUUAGCCGUACUUGUUGACGAAUUCAAUGUUCCAUUUCAUACCGAGUCAUUAGUCCUAAAUGUAUAUAAGCGAGAACUCCAUACGCACGUGGAACAUGGUUUAGGCUCUAAUUUAAGAGCAAGACUUAGUACCGCGUUAGCAAUGAACAUUGAAAAUUCGCAAAGAGAGAUGACCGAACGUAUGGCAAGCUUGUUACCGGAAACUAAGCGGCAAAUGUCAUUAAACAUUUUACCGAGAAGGGAGCCAUUCGAAAUUUUGUAUAGACUAAAUUGUGACAAUUUAUGCGCGGAUUUCCAUGAAGACCUAGAGUUCCGAUUCUCAUGGGGAAUUACGGCUAUAAUUAAUAGAUUCGCAGGGAAACAUGGUCAACGAAUGGCUAUUGCUAAUUAUCCACAAGACAUACCACCUGCGAUCAUGUCACCCGCGGAAAGUGUGGAUUCUGUUAAAUUUGUGUCGAGUACUCCUAAUUGUCAAACGGGAUGUGAUGAUUGGUCUUUAGUUACAAAAAUAGCAGUAGCGUCUAUAACGUCUCAAGGCACUAUGGGUGGUCUUAUAGUUGCUGGUUUUAUGUUGAAAACUAUUGGUUGGAGACUUAUAGCUGUAACUGGUACUAUAUACGGUGCUUUAUAUCUUUACGAGCGAUUAACGUGGACUAAUUCAGCGAAGGAACGUGAAUUUAAACGUCAGUAUGUGGAUCAUGCUACAAAGAAAUUGAAAUUGAUUGUAGAUCUCACAUCUGCAAAUUGUAGUCAUCAAGUGCAACAGGAGCUGUCCAGCACUUUUGCACGUCUGUGCCAUUUAGUGGAUGAAACGACUUCCGAAAUGAACACUGAAUUAACGAAUAUAGCAAGUACGGUACGAACGCUCGAAGAAGCAACCAGUAGUGCAAAAGUAUUACGAAAUAAGGCUAAUUAUUUAACGAACGAACUCGAUUUAUUCAAUGCAGCGUAUUUAAAAUCAUUGAAUUAAAUAUUGCGUCGUUAUUAGGAAGUGACAUAAAUAUUAAAGAAUCGAUGUUUCGAGAACGUCGUUAAUCGUUUUGGGAAAUAUGUCCUCGUAUGCUGCAGUAAUUUAACCAACCGAUAUCGAAUAUUAAUAACGAAAUAUUUUGCGCGUUUCCAUGAGCAGCUACUUGUGCAUACAGAAGGAAUGUUUUUACAAAAAAAGAAACUCUAGUCUUAGUGCAAGCAACCAGAAGUUCUUCAAAAUCAGUGGAAUCGAGUUUUUAAUGCCAUUUAUAUAAACCGAUGAUUUCUUUUUUUGUUUUUAAAACAAUAAGCACAGGAAAUCUUACACACAAAAAUGGUCCAUGAAUUUUCGAAUAAUUUUUUUGAUUUUAAUUAUCAAUUAUUGUGAGAUGAGUCGUGAUAGAGGAGUAACUUUUUUUGAAAAUGGAAUUGCGAUCUUUUUUACAGAAGUGUCGCAUCAGAAACGCAUAAACGAUUGAUUUCUAUCAGAAUCUAUUAACAAUGUUGGAGGAAUCUUAUUUAUGUAGUAAAUGAAAUAAUGUCACUAUUAGAUUUAUUAGAUUAUAUUUAUAAAAGAGUUUAUGUUACUAUAUUAAUAAACGGUUGUUUGUUGAAUAAGAAUUAAA